GACGUUUUAGUGUGGCGGAGUGGGAAGAUGGCUGUAACAGCGGAUUGGAUGCAUGUCCCCUCCAAUAUGCGGCUAACCGAGGGUCUGGUGUCUGUUCUGAAAGAUUAGCGGACCGAAUAUUUCCCAGCACUUUUAGCGAAUUACCGGGAGCACGGCGUGUUCUCGACACAGAGUACUGGAGCUGUCGGUGGUCUCGUGGGACUCAGCAACGCCAAAUUCGGCAACAGCAAAACCAAGUUCGAGGGGCUGUGUCUUCUCUCAGUGCUGGUCAAAGACAGUUCAAGUGAUGUGUUCCAACAACACUGUCUUUCAUGGCUACGGCCCCUACAAUAGGUCAUACAGUCCCAGGACCCCGUCCGUCCAGCUAGCGGUGGGGGUCCUCCAGGACCUGCUCCAGUAUUCCUCCCAGCUACCUGAGCUGGCCAGGGAGGUGGGCCUCAACUCUAUCCUGGGGAUCCUCACCUCGCUGCUAGGCCUCAAGUCUGAGUGUCACCUAGCUGCCAUUGAGGGGAGUACUGCAUGUAUAUCUCUGAGCCUGUGGCUCCCUGAGGGACAAACUGGGUGCCUAUUUCUUAGCCAAAAUGGACAGUGCCAACACAAAAGUACAAGAGGUUUGUCUUCAGUUAAUUUGUGACUCACCACCUGGAUUCGGUCCAAUGUAGGGAAAUUGUGUUUUUUACAUUGGUUAAAAGUAGAGACUCCAAUCUAGACAAUGGUAUAUCAUACACUGCAGUUGAGGAACAAUGGGAAAGUAAUUGUGCUUUUGAAAGUUGAUCAAUUUUCAAACCUCACUUUAGAGAAAAUGGCCUGUGAAUGUUUUGGUACACCUGCUGGAGAGCUCUUCUUUGUCUACACCCAUUCAGCAUUGUUCACACCCUCUUAAGCCUUAGUCCCACCCAACUCUUUAAGGAUUCACAGUGUAGUAAACAACCAAAGGUUUCAAGACUAAAUGUGGUGAAAGUAGUAGCAAAAAAUAGUAGCAAAAAUUCACUUUAGGAUAUAGGCCAAGGACUAGAUAAUCUGAUUUUGGUGCAGGUCAUGUUCUUCACAUUACCUGUCUCUGGUAAAUGCACACUAUCAAAUAGUCUUAAGCUUAUUCAUCACAUGCACAGGGUACAGAAGGUGUAAACAGUACAGUGAAAUGGUUACUUGCAUAGUGGAGUCUUUGGUUUAGUCAUGUACAGUUGAAGUCGGAAGUUUACAUGCACUUAGUUUGGAGUCAUUAAA